CUAGCAUAUGGUGAGAGGGCGUUAGCGCACGAUACUUUUUUAGCUGCGCGAGAUUUGCUAGAGCCUUUACUGAUGCUUCGCCAACGUUGGUAUUAUAAAGUGAGAAGCAUGGAGUCCUUGUUUUCGUAGCUUUGUUGAUUUUCGAGCAUUUUCUAUCUAUAUUCAGCGCAUAUUUCGGCGCAGUCGGUUGAGUGAAUUUUGUUUUGUCGCAUGCGCAUACUGUGCCUGUACAAGGAGCGCUCUUUUUUAACAUACAAUAAUUUCGACGUUUACUCGGCAAGUUUCAACAUGAAAAAAUACGAAAUCUUGAAACAAAUUGGAGAGGGGUCCUUUGGACAGGUGUACAAAGCUAAGAAACGACUGGAUGGUGAAAUCGUGGCCUUUAAAGUGAUACGGAAGCGUGGAAGGUCGUCUAAAGAGCUGAAGAGUCUGCGCCAGGAAUGUGAGAUUCAACGUCACCUGCAUCAUCCAAAUAUUGUGCAAAUGAUAGACUCCUUUGAGACGGACAAUGAGAUCGUGGUUGUAACAGAGUAUGCAGAUAAGGAACUUUAUGAGAUACUGGACAAAGAAGGCAGGCUGUCUGAGGAGAGAGCACAAGUAAUAGCUUGUGACUUGGUUUCCGCUCUCUAUUAUCUCCACUCAAAUCGAGUAUUGCACAGAGAUCUCAAGCCACAAAAUGUUCUUUUGGAGGCAAAUGGCGUGGCCAAGUUGUGCGACUUUGGAUUCGCACGCAGUAUGAGCACCGGUACUCAUGUACUCACAUCGAUUAAAGGUACACCAUUGUACAUGGCACCAGAGCUCAUAGAGGAAUCUCCUUACGAUCACAAUGCUGAUCUGUGGUCCUUGGGUUGUAUAAUUUAUGAGUUGAUAGUAGGUUCCCCUCCAUUUCAAACGACUUCAAUAUUACAUUUAGUUAUAUUAAUUAGAUUUGAAGCAAUCACGUGGCCAGAUUUCAUCUCAGCAAAUUGCAAAAGCUUCUUGCAGGGGUUGCUCCAAAAAGAUCCCUCUGAGCGAUUAACCUGGCCUGCUCUCCUCGAACACCCAUUUGUUAAAGACCGAAUUAUAAUAGUGGAUGGUGCUGUACCAACUCCAUUUACUACUCCAUUAUCUGCAAGCCAAGCAAGAGCGAAAGAACAACAAUUACGAAGCCUGGCGAUGCGUUCUGCGAAUCAGUCAAAAUUUGUGCAAAGAGCAGUUCAAAAGAUACAGGAACAAGAGGGAAAGUAUCGCCAACGGACGUGUUUAUCGCAGCCAGGUUAUCCAAUUUCUUACUGUCAGUAUGGGAUGAAUCAUUGUCAAGCGUUACGUCGUAGUGAACCAAGCGGCACUGAUUCCAGUGCCAGCGUGGACGUUCUGUUGGGAAAUCUCAGCCUCAGGGCAUCUUUAAGAAGCGACCUUCUAGCUGCUGAUCACGCUAUAUGCCACAAUGACUGCCCACAUAGUGCGAACGUGCAGCAGAAUUUCUCAACGGAGGGUUACACUAAAUCUGUUCAACAGCAAACGAUCGAUAAUCAUUCGGGUCGACAAGCAGAUGCAGAAGUGCAUCGCGCUAAUGCUCAGGGCGAUGGACAUAACGUGGGCCAACAUGCAGAAAAAUCCUCACACGUGGACCAAAUGCAUGGGGACGGCGAUUGCAAGCAGAGCCGCUUGAGUAUAGACUAUGAACAAGAGUUCAGUGAGAACAAUCCUAGCAAAAAACAAGUAAGACUGCCAGACUGGGAUCCGAAAGCAGUGGAAAGACCAAUUGAGAACGAGGAGUGGGUCGCGUUUCUGCAAAGUUCGAUGGAGGAGAUCAUGGAAGGCGAGAUGGACUCGAUGUUGCAACAGAACUGCGUUUCUGUAUUCGUUUCCCCUCUGAGAAAUCCGGUAGCCAGUUCUCGAGUCGUCGAGUAUGUGGCUUGUUUAUUGUCGUUGCCGUUCACCGUGUCAGUCAGUAAGGAGAAUCUCGAGAAGAUCAAGCAAGUUUACUUAGACGUGAGAGUAGUACCGAAUCUUGUUUAUGCGAUAAAACUGCUUAUGUCGAAACGUUCCGAAAAUGAACCCAGCACGGAGACGAGACCGGCAUCCUCUUUGUCUGCGGAUGAGCUCCAAGCUCUCGAAUAUUCGAUGUUGGUUCUUUGCAGAUUGGUUCACGAGAAGGACCAAUUUCUCAUGCAAUUUUGCGAUGCCAUUUACAUCGUGAGCGGAAUGCCACUUCUGCAACAACUGCUUACUUUAGAAAAGAGGAAGGCAAGAGUCGUCACAGAUCUCGUUGCGAUUUUAAAUAACAUAUUGAGGUCUCAGCCUGAAUAUGCUGAACUGGUGGAAGCAGUUGUGCUACGUACAAAAACUCCAGGAGCUUCAGUGGAACAAUUCAGUAAGUUUCUUAGCCAUCCGCGGACUAAUUUGCGAGCAAGGACAUGUACAAUGAUCAGACUAUUGGGUAGAUUUUGCUGUAGAGCAUUGCAGCAGAUAUGGAAUAGCUCAUUAAGAAGUCAUAUUGAGAAUUUAAUCGAGGACGAAGACGAACUUGUACGAAACGCCGCCAAGGAUGCUGUAACUGAAUUGAAACAACUGACAUAUUACAAUUAGAACAAUUGUGCAAGUUGACGUUAUCUUAAGAUGAAACGAGAGAAAUAUUUUUAUCAAAUUCUCAACGCUAUUGUCGUCUGAUGAGCUGAUGUCGUCGU